AUGGCUAUCGAGAACCAACAAACUGCCGCUGCCCCCGCUCAACAAGAGAGCACAUCGUUUUUCUCCAGUGUGAUGGAGUUCUUCGUACCUACUGCCCACGCCGAAGCUCCUGAGGAAUCUGAGGAACCCGCCGAGGAAGGUGGUGAUGAGCCUGCAGAAGAGGAGGAGGAGGAGGAAGAGGAACCUGAGGACCCAGCACCAGCUAUCCGAGAGGAAUGCGAGCAAAAACAAUGUGCCGAACACGUCCACCACUUCAAACAUUGUCAAGAAAAAGUAGAAGCCGGUAAUGGUUUCCCAGGUGAAGAUUGUGUGGAGGAAUUUUUCCACGUUUUACACUGUGUCGAUGCUUGUGCCGCCCCUAAAGUCUUCAAGAAACUCGCUUAA